AAUAUCAUGAAUCAAAUAUUUAUAUGAUGUUGUGGUGAUUACCUACAGAGUUGGCACGAGAAAACACAUUGUCAUGUGAACAAAACAAACACAAUCAUACAAAGAAUGUCAUGUGAAAAAGUUUUACUUGCCCACACCAUCUGGGCUUAAAAACAUUUCUACAAUUUCCCUAGAAACUGCCAUACAUCUUAAGUAAUGGCUACAUGUUAAUCACCACCCAAACUUCAUACAAACUGCAUACAUCUUAAUCAUUUCUAAAAUUUCCCGUACAAACUACCAUACUAAAAUUUGUACAAUUUCCUACAAGCUGCAAUGCAAACUGCCAUGCACGAAUCAAAAAUCCAUCUUCAUAGAAAAUAUAUAUGGACAAACAGGGGGUGUAGGUGGGUUCAUACCCGCGCGUGAGCAGACACCAUCGGUGCUCUCUACUGGCAUGUGCCCGGCCGCCCCAACUACAGCCGAUGUGCCGUCCAGGACGCACUGCUCCCGCAUUGGUUGCAGUUGUGUCGCGUAUGGGGCCUCCAUCGAUGAGCUUCAGUGCCGCUCUCAAACGCGCUAUAAAGGCCACUAUCUAUACAUCAUUUCAUCGAGAGGUAUUUGCAUGAGCUCCAAGAUCUCCAGCCAUGAACCAAGGUUCCAGACCCACUAGAGCUCCGGCGACGGGGCACAGUACGUCAUGGAUUCGGCCAGCAGCGGGAGAGGUAAAGAUGAACAUUGAUGAUGCAGUGGCAAAAUCAUCCAACACCGGGCGGUGGGCAUAGUUUGCCGAAAUGAGACUGGCUUAUUUUUGGGUGCCUCGGUCCAUCUCGGUAAGUAUUGCAUGAUCUCGAAAUGACCCGAAGAACUCGGUCCAUCUCGGUAAGUAUUGCAUGAUCUUACAUGAGAUGAAUGACAGGAAGCAGAAGUUUCAGAGCUGUGAGCUCGUCGACGAGCAACCCGCAAGCAAUGUUGAUGCACAUAGAUUAGUUAGAAUGCCCGCUACCCGGAAUGUCGCGCAAGUUGGUUGAAGAGACUGAGUUUUUAAUGAUGGAGAGUCCCUUUCCGCCUUGUUGGGGGGAAGAGAAGAGAAGAGAAGAGAAGAGAAGAGAAGAGAAGAGGAGGUGCAGCGGCAACCGGACCACGACGGGUGGCGCGAAAGCAACAGGCUGGGCACUAGGAGAAGAAGCCACUGGUGGCUACGUUCGCUUCUGCAGCUGUGCCCUUUCCAGGUCGUGUCGCCGGAGCCCGGCGGUGCGUGCUGGCGCGGGCUUCUGCGACGAUGGCACCACCGGCUAGGAGGACGCACUACGAGGUGCUCGGGGUGGGCGUGGGGGCCAGCAGGGGCGAGAUCAAGGCGGCGUAUCGGCGCCUGGCGAGGGACGUGCACCCGGACGCCGCAGGCGCAGGCGGCGACGAGGGGUUCAUCCGGCUGCACGCGGCGUACGCCACGCUGGCCGACCCCGACGAGCGCGCGCGCUACGACCAGGAUGUGGCCAGCCGCGCCGCGGUCAUCACGACGCGGCGGGCGGCGGGGCCAGCGUUCCGACGCAGGACGUGGGAGACGGACCAGUGCUGGUAGGACGGCCGGACACACGCAUGCUCUGCUUUCCCGUUCGCCAGGCCGCCGGCCGUUUGGUUCAGACACGGCGCCAUGUUGUGCUCGUGGUCGCCGGAGGAAAAACCGCGUCAGCUGCUGCGCGCUGUUCGAUCCGUCUUGGACGGCCCA